GCUACACUCCGCCAUUUUACUGACAACUUUUUCGCAAGAUUGGAAAAAAUAGUUCGUGCUCGAGUAGAAUGUAAAUAGUUUUAGAAUUCGCACAAACGGACGACAGCGUGCCAAGGCAAUUGCACAAUUAACGAGCCAAUUGUUCAGCGGGAGCGAUUCCCCCGGAAAAGCGAGGGGCAGCACGCCGGUUUCUGCUCCGGCUUGCUCUGAAAACUGUACGAGGCGCGGGUGCGAGUGCGAGAGAGACGGAACGAGUGCCGAGUGCGAUUGUGUGCGUGCGAAAAGCGUUGGAAAAGCGGCGAAAAAUCAGUAAUUACGCCUAGGGAAAGCACUUUUUCCGGCUCAGCAUGGCCGACGUGGUCUUGGAUCUGUACGCAGAGGACCUGGACAAGGACUUUGCCGGGCAGGCUCAGGACGAAUUUGGAGGGGAUGGCGUGGACCUAUACGAUGACAUAGGCGGUCCCACCGAGGCGGCUGCUUCUGGUGGCGGGGGCGGGGGCACGCCCUCCGCCGAUGGAGCCGCUGGCCCAGGCUCCGGGGAGUCCGGCGAACGGAUCUCCGGCGGCCCGAAUGGAGUUUACCAUCAGAGCGGUGGUAGCCUCACUCCGACAAUGAACCGGCGCUACCAGCUGUACGUGGGCAACCUCACCUGGUGGACCACCGACCAGGACAUUGCCAAUUCACUGCGAGACAUCGGCGUGAGUGACCUGCAGGAGGUGAAGUUCUUUGAGAACCGGGCCAACGGGCAGUCGAAGGGCUUCAGCGUGAUCUCUUUGGGUUCGGAGUCCAGUCUGCGCGCCGUGCUCGACCAGCUGCCCAAGAAGGAGAUGCACGGUCAGGCGCCGGUGGUUACGUAUCCCAGCAAGCAGGCGCUCACCCAGUUCGAGAGUCUGCAGAAGACGCGUCCGGUGCCGCCGCCGCAGCAGAAUGGACCGCCGAGGGGCCCGGCACCGCCCAGCAUGGGUGGCGGCCCAAUGCCCAGCGGACAUCCGGGUGGACCGCAGGGAGGCGGACCGCCAGGGCAUCCACCGCGUGGAAUGAACUCCAUCAUGCAGCCGGGCCAGUACCGGCCGCAGCACAUGUCGCAGGUGCCCCAGGUGGGCGGACCCAACUCCGGACCUCCUCGCAUGCAGCCGCCGAUGCAUCCGCAGGGCGGGCUCAUGGGCAACCAACAGCCGCCACCCCGGUAUCCGUCAUCCCAGGGCCAAUGGCCGGGUCAGCGGCCAGGCGGACCACGACCAGGUCCACCGAACGGACCGCCGCAGCGACCAAUGUUCCAAGGAGGACCCAUGGGCAUGCCUGUUAGGGGGCCGCCGGGUCCCGACUGGCGUCGUCCGCCCAUGCACGGCGGCUUCCCGCCGCAGGGUCCGCCCAGAGGCCUUCCCCCAGCGCCAGGUCCUGGCGGACCGCACGGUGCCCCCGCUCCCCACGUGAAUCCGGCGUUCUUCAACCAGCCCGGCGGCCCUGCCCAGCAUCCGGGCAUGGGUGGUCCGCCGCACGGAGCCCCCGGUCCGCAGCCCGGCAUGAAUAUGCCACCGCAACAGGGCAUGAACAUGCCGCCGCAGCACGGACCGCCGCCCCAGUUCGCCCAGCAUGGACCACGCGGUCCAUGGCCGCCACCGCAGGGUAAGCCACCGGGUCCCUUCCCCGAUCCCCAGCAGAUGGGUCCGCAGCUCACGGAGGUGGAGUUCGAGGAGGUGAUGAGCAGGAAUCGCACAGUCAGCAGUUCAGCGAUCGCCAGAGCUGUUUCUGAUGCCGCCGCUGGAGAAUAUUCGAGCGCCAUCGAGACGCUGGUCACGGCCAUUUCACUGAUCAAACAGUCCAAGGUAGCGCACGAUGAGCGCUGCAAGAUCCUGAUCAGCUCGCUGCAGGACACGUUGCACGGCAUCGAGGCCAAGAGCUACAACAGGCGCGAGAGGUCGCGGUCCAGGGAGCGAUCCCAUCGCAGUCGGCAGCGACGAGAGCGUUCCACGUCCAGGUAUCGCGAGCGUUCUCGGGAAAGGGAGCGCGAUCGGGAUCGCGAGCGUGAAAGGGAUGGCGGAAGCUAUCGGGAGCGGUCACGAAGCAGAGAACGAGAACGUCAGGCUCCAGAUCACUACAGGGAUGACAGCCGAUCGGUACGUCCGCGAAAGUCACCGGAGCCCGUUGUCGCCGAGGCUGCAGAGGCGCCGUCAUCGAAGCGGUACUACGAGGACCGGGAAAGGUACCGCUCAUCGGACCGGGAGCGACGCGACCGGGAUCGGGACCGCGACCGUGAGCGGGAGCGCGAUCGUGACAGGCGCGAGGAGCACCGUUCCCGGCAUUGAUUGCCGCAAGUGGAGGGUUGGAGCAGCGCCAGUGGAUCGUAAUCAAGAGUAAAGAUGCAACACAGAUAUACUAAACACACACUCUAUUAACAAACAAUAAGCCGCAGCUUGGUGGGAUUACAGGCUAGCCACAAUUAACAGAUUUUCGAUUUGUAUCUAACAUUACCAAUACGUAGGAUAUGAAUAUGGCAUACAGCAUAGUUCUCCUAGACAUACUAUAAUAAGCCGAAAUGCUGACAAGAUUUUUACCAACGACGGACGGGGACUGUCCCUGGAUCUCUUCAACUUCUCAUCCCAGCAUCCUGGCAGCAGUAAGACGGACAGCAAAGUUAGCAGUGGAGGAGGAUCGAAGGAGGAUGGAGCCAAAGGGACAGUCAGCGUGGGACAUUUUAGACACUGAUGGCCACUGGAUCAUCAAACAACAAACAGCAACUAGCAAUCCUGCACCGCCGUCUUCGCAGCAGAAUUUCAAUAUUAUUGUACUCUAAUAUUUCGGUUUAUUUAAUAAAACAUAAACGUAUGAAAAAAGAAUUGUUCCAGAAAAAAAAAACCUCCACCAAAACUGUCUUGCAUUGUGUGUCUUUUUGUACUCUUAUUAUAAAAACCAAACCUAAUCCUAUUAGUUAAUGAAUUUAUAAUUGUACAACAAAAUUGUAUGUAAAAAUGCCAAAAUUAUUGCACUUGUUCGUGCAAUUAAUAUUGAAAUUGUUAUAUUAACAAAAUCAUUUCGCCGACUGAGGCUGAAAAUCGUUAGCCCAAAUGUAUUUUCAAAGAUUACGCGAUUCUUUUGUUGUAAACAUUUUCCAUGCAUUUGUUUAAUCUUGUUUUUAUUUACCAUAUAAAUUUAAGUCGAUCAUAAUUGUGUGCCUGUGUGACUGAGUGUGAGUGGAAGAAUUGUAGCACUUAAAUGCCGACUGAUCCCAUCCGUAAUAGCGGAUGGGAAAACCAUAGUGAAAUAUGUUUGUAUAGAAUAAGUCGAUUGUGUGAUUUUUUGCCCAAAUACCAUGAUUCUUAGACUAAAUUACUCUAUAAACACGUCCAUAUCGCAUUUAGCGUAGUUAACUUUACUAACGCUCGAAAUUGUUAGUUCCUAACAUAGGUUCCAAGAAACGAACUAAGUCAUCCAGUUCCUCCCGAGAUACUGUACUACUCGCGGCUCAUUUAACACAACUUAGCCUUCCUAUUGUAUCAUCUACAUUUUACUUUCUUUAAAUUAUAGCUUUACUUUUUAUUUGUACAUACAUUUUGUAAACGAUGCUCGACUAAGAUCAUGUCGCACUAAUCCUGAAUUACAAUUACACCUCUGUUAACGCAAGCCUACGAUUUAAAAAGUACCUGUAACUCUCCGCAAAGCGAGAGCCUAGAGGUGUUAUGAGUAUUAUGAGCUUAACGAUGACUUGUACAAUUUUAACUGUGAUUGUGAUCUUGAUGAAACAAACUACAUAAUAAUACAAUCGAAUACUGUCUGUUAAGUCAAGCCAAAGCAGGUAAAGUUGUCCCAUUCGUAUGGGACCUUAUAGUUUGUAAACUGUCAAGAUCCCUUGUUUUAUGAACAACGGAGUAUAGUCGCCAAUUCCCCAUAGUUUAUGAUUUACAAAAUACAUAUUGCACAAUGUUUUUAGAAAGUACGUCAAUUGACUUG